GUCAAAAGUGCGAGACAAUUUUCGUUGCCUUUGUUUUUCUUGUAGCCCUUUGUUUGUGGACGCCAUUGUCGCUGAUGAGGCCGCUCCUGCUGGACGCCGCUAAAAUCUGGCAAUGGAGCCAAAGCAGCAGGAUCAGGCCCGAAAACGGGACGACCCUGGCAAUCACAAUGAGCCGCUGACCAUAGUCCAGUCCAUGACCUCAUUCUACAUCUACAAUCCCUACGAGAAGCGAAGCGUGGAGGUGCCAUUGACCAACUGCGAUGCGUUUAUUUCCCUGCUAAAAUGUGUGAUUGGAACGGGAAUCCUGGCCAUGCCGCUGGCAUUCCGCUGCUCGGGAUUCGUGGUGGGUGCUGUGAUGUCCGUCCUGCUGAUGAUCCUGCUGACGUACUCCAUCCACUUGCUGAUAUCUGGAAUGACGGAGUGCUGCCGUAGGCGACAGGUUCCGCAGGUUUCCAUGCCGGAGGCGGUUAGAAUUGCCUACGAGGAGGGUCCAAAGUGGGUGCAGGGCUUCGGUCGAGCAGCCGGAUUCCUGACCUCAUGCGUUCUGGUCUUCGGACAGUUUCUCUUGUGCACCGUUUACCUGGUUUUCGUGGCCAAGAACUUCAAGGAGAUCGGCGACUAUUAUGGUGAUAAGUACAAUGAGCGGUAUUAUGUUCUUGGCGCCAGUUUGCUACUUCUGCCGCUUUUCAUGAUCCGCAGGCUAAAGUACCUUGUGCCCUUGAAUUUGGUUUCCAAUUUCCUGCUUUAUGCAGGUUUUUCCCUGAUCAUGUACUAUUUGUUUAGCGGUCUGCCCGUUAUAAAUGAUCGUGAAUUGGCCACGCCUCCUGCCCAAUGGAUUGAAUUCUUUGCCAUUGCCGCCUUUUCCCUGACAGCCGUGGGUUCUAUGCUGGUCGUUGAGGCCCAUAUGGCUCAUCCGCAGAGCUAUCUGGGAAUCUUUGGAGUCCUAAACCUGGCGGUCUUUUUCAUCCUGCUCUCUAACAUGUUCUUUGGUAUAAUGGGAUAUUGGCGGUUUGGCGAAAAUGUCCAGGCCAGUAUCACCCUCAAUAUUCCCAAGAACGAAGUCCUUUCACAGAUCAUAAAAGUUUUCAUAGCUCUGGGAAUUUUUCUCAGCUAUCCGCUUAAUGGUUUUGUGGUGAUCACUGUAGUAUUUAGCGACUAUGGCAAUUCCACUGAGAGAAGCAAGCAUCAAACCUUGUUUGAGUAUAUAGUGCGUUUAACCUUUUUGUUGCUGACAGGUGCAGUGGCUGUGGGGGUGCCCAACCUAGCGGCCCUCACGGAAUUGGAAGGAGCUUUUUCGCUGAGUAACUUGAACCUUCUUUGCCCGGCCUUGAUCGAUUUAUUUCUCAACUAUGGCGUAGGAUAUGGUCGACUGAUGUGGAAGCUGAUGCGCGAUAUACUGCUCAUACUGAUUGGUCUCAUCUUUGGCACAGUGGGCUGCACAGUGGCCAUGAUUCAGCUGAUCCGCGAUUUUCGCACAACGGUCAGCAAUAUGUAGGAUUUUUCCAAGCUUCCGCUGCACAUUACUGGCAAUAAAAUCGGAUUUUCCAA